GCGUCCUCACUGCGCGCCGCUUGACGCGGCACUGGAGGAAAAGGGAGCAGAAGAGCGAAACAUGGCGACUUCGAACAAUCCGCGGAAAUUCAGCGAGAAAAUCGCUUUACAUAACCAGAAGCAGGCGGAGGAGACGGCGGCGUUCGAAGAAGUGAUGAAAGACCUCAGCAUUACUCGGGCUGCGAGGCUACAGCUGCAGAAGACGAAGUAUUUGCAGCUGGGACAGAACCGGGUGCAGUACUACGGAGGAUCUCUGCCAAACGUUAAUCAGAUCGGAAACAGCACUAUCGACGUGCCUUUUCAGAAUUCAGGGCUCGACACAAACAGAUCAACGCGACACCACGGCCUGGUUGACAGAGUCUACCGGGACCGGAACCGCAUCACUUCGCCCCACCGGAAACCCCUUUCCGUUGACAAACACGGACGGCAGAUUGACAGCUGCCCAUAUGGCUCCGUAUAUCUGUCACCGCCACCUGACACUAGUUGGAGGAGGACAAACUCUGACUCAGCACUACAUCAGAGCACACUAACGCCUGCCCAGCAGGCCUCCUUCACUGGAGGAUCUCAGGAGCUCCAGCCAAAACGAGUUCUCUUACUCACCGUACCAGGGUCUGACACGGUUAAACAGGAAGUUGAUGAAGAUGGACAAAAACAGAACUGGGACUGCAAAACAAACAUGUCAAGGUCCAAACCCUGCAAAGUUCCUGGAAUCAACAUAUUUCCGUCUCCCGACCAGCAGUUGACCGCUUCACAGAAACCAGCAGCCCACAACACCGGCGGCUCCCUCCCUGACUUAACCAACAUCCACUUCCCUCCCCCGCUGCCCACCCCGCUCGACUCCGACGAUGCGGCCGCCGCCUCCUUCGGCUCCACGGGCAGCGUGCAGCCCCUGGGCAGCACGCAAGGAGUGAACACCUCUCAGCCCACGGUAACCAUGGAAAUCCAGUCUGGAGAGGACAGCAUGGUUCCUCUCAUUCUGAGCGCAGGAGAAUCCCACCAGCACCAGAACCUGCAGGUCUCCCCGACGUCUCCCCCUCUCACACUGUCUCAGGCGGCCAUCAACGCCAUGAACCUUGAGCAGCAGCUGUCCCAGUAUGCCUUCUUCAACCAGCAGCCGACGACUCAGACACACCCAAGCCAGCAACAGACGGGUCUGGUCCAGCUGCCUCCCUCGGUGAACUCCUGCUCCCCGUCAGACAACCAGACGUCUUCACAGACCAACGUGAGCAUGGACAUGAACACGGCUCCCUCCCUCCAACAGUACCGCAGUAGGGUCGGGUCCUCUGCCAAUCAGUCUCCGACCUCUCCCGUCUCCAAUCAAGGCUUCUCACCUGGAGGUUCGCCUCAACAUAACUCCAUACUGGGCAGCGUGUUCGCAGACUUCUACGACCAGCAGCUGCCGUCCAUCCAGGCCAGCGCUCUCUCGCAGCAGUUGGAGCAGUUCAACAUGAUUGAGACCCCCAUCAGCUCCGACAACCUGUACAACCAGACCUCCACCCUCAACUACUCCCAGGCCCUGAUGAUGGGACUGACUGGCCACUGCAACCUCCAGGGCUCGCAGCAGCUGGGAUACAGUAACCACGGCAACAUCCCCAACAUCAUUCUCACAGUGAGCGGCGAGUCUCCGCCCAGCCUCCCCAAGGAUCUGACCGGCCCUCUGUCCACAGACGUGGGCUUCGACGUCGACUCCCAGUUCCCUCUGGACGACCUGAAAAUCGACCCGCUGACCCUCGACGGCCUGCACAUGCUGAACGACCCCGACAUGGUCCUGGCCGACCCGGCCACGGAGGACGCCUUCCGCCUGGACCGGCUGUAACCGCCCCCCCCCCCCCCCCCCCACUCCCCCGCUCGCUCCUCCACAGGUGUGUGAAACCCGCUGCCCCAGAACCCCUGAUGGAGGAGGAGACACCGACUCCACUCCACCCGACCCCACAUGAGAGCUUUUCAAAGAAACGCCGCCGGAGGAGGCGGCGUGCAGGUGUUCCUGGAGACUGCCGCCGGCGUCCCGGUCACACACGACGACGUGCAGCGUGGUAGGAGGUCACGGUUCUGUUCUGUUGUGCAAAAUUAAGUUUCAGAUGCCUGCUUUUGAUUUCAUGAAGCUCGAUGGGAAAAAAAAAACAAAAAAAAAAACAUCAACAGCCUGGACUUCAGUGUGUCUGCAUAGAAAACCCUUUGUCGAUUUACUGUACGCCCGUCACACACACACACACACACACCUGUGAGCGCGGAGCAGCCCGGUGACUCAGAGGAGGCGGCCGUGAUCGGAGGCCUCUGAAUCAUUGUGUCACAACCUAAUUUAUUUUUGAAGACAUGCUGAAUUUUGGUUAAUGGCAGUCGUCGGUUAUGCAUGAAAUCACAGAUCACUGUGCAUAUUGUUUUGCCUUAAUAGCUUGACAUUUUGUUGUGUUGGUUUUUUUGUGCAAAGAUGACUCUUCUGUCAACGCCAGGGAGGGUUGAUGGAGUCAUUUUCACUCUUUUUACAGGUAGAUGGGCUUAAACACACACGGCAUCGUCACCACCAUAUCAUUCUUCGUAUUCAUUUAUCAGGCCUAAAUGGAUAAAUGAGGCGUUUGUCAUGAACUAGAUGUUUACAGGCUUGUUUUGUUUUAUAUUUUACAUGUACAGAAUGUGAUAAGAGUUUGCGUAUUAGUAUCUAUGCAAAACUACAGUGAUGGAUUUAGAAGUGAGACAGACACAGUGAACUCUUGCGUUAUAGGAAGCCAAUGUGCAUGAUCUUUAAAGAAUGCACAGUGACGGUGCCAUGUUGCUUUUCAAGCAUUUUCUUUUUUGUUUUGUUUUUAAGAGAAAAAGGCGGCGCGCCGUAGAAACCCUCCUCGAUCGCUCCCAAAGAUGUGACCUCAGCGCAGUUGAAAUAUAUAUAUUUUUCCAGACAAUUGAUCUGCCUCUGUACACAAGAACAGCAUUGUUGAUUCAACAAGAAUGUAUUUCGGUCACAUCUGUACAGUCGUGUUGUUGCCAUCAGACCAUCCUCAUUGCCUCUCAUAUCGAGCCUUUAUGUCCUCCUUGGACCAAAAAAAAAAAAAAAAAAAAAAAAAAAAAUUCUUUGAGUUGGUAACUUUUUCUCCCCACAAAGCAGAUAUGUGUGACUGUGUAGUUGUAGAAGUGUGUGUCUGUGUGUUUUAUCUAUUUCCUUGUCCUGCUGGUGUCGUCUUCGCCUCUGUAUCAGUUUGUUUCAAGUUUUGAAUUUCUGCACCAUCAUGCUUUUUUUUUUUUUCUAUUUGAAAAAUCCCACAUGAAAUCAGUGUGUUUUUGCUGUUGAUGGGUCCUUUGCACUCAUCCAUAAACGUGCCGCCCCCAUUUGUCAUUAUUGCACUUUAACCAUUUCUUUAAAACACUGAUUUACGAGGGGUUAUACGCCUCUCCUCCUCCUCCUCCAUGUGACUGUUAUGUGCACUGGACCAGUUCUCCCUGUCUUUAAUUAAUUAAACUUGCCUUCUUAUAAAAAACAAGAAAAAUAAAAAAGUUAUAUGAAUAAAAAAAAAUAUAGUUAUUUUUUGAAAACUCAAAUUCAGAUAGUCUAUUUAAAAAGAGCUGAGUUUUUACUUAACUUGUAAGUACUUUGUUAUCUGUCUGCUGUCACACACUCUGUCCUAAAUUCUGAGGUGAGUCAUCCUGUGACUACAGCUCCUUCCUGCUGCGGAGAUUCUGUCAUUAAUUUAGAGACAAAACACCAUUUAACAGAUUAAUAUUCAUGUAUUACAAUAUGGUGUGAUUUAUCAGAUGGGAGCAAAUGUCCCUAAAAAAUUGUUUCAGUGCAGGUAAAAAAAAAAAAAAAAAAAAAGAUUGGAAGAUGAUUUUCUUAUGUUUUGGACAUGAUAUAUCCAUUUCCCAUCAAACACAUUAUGGAAACAGCUGCAACAUUACGUCUGUUGAUGUGUGUAGAAGACCUCCGUGCCAGCAUGUUUCACCUUUAGUCUCACGCAGCGGAAAGAAAAAGAUUGAAAACGCUGAAAUUGAGUCAUGAAGCUUUGGUGAUUUUCUAUUCUUAAAAAAAAAAAAAAAAAAAAAGAAAUGUUCCAGAUGCAUCAUAGUUCAAUACUCCUUUAUUCAGAGGAUCAUUUUUAAUAUUUAUUUUGUGACUGCACGAGUUCCUGGAAACGUUUUCCCCGCGUAUGGCUCUGUGGCUUCUUUUUUUUUUUUUAAUUGAAGGGUGUUAUCAGCUUUGUCAGUCUGAUCAAUUUUCUUUGCAUUUGCGUUAUUUGUUCUCUGUGUCUUUCUUUUUCUUUUUCUUUUUUCUCUCUUUUGAAAUAACGGUGUCAUGUGUUGGCUGUGUAACUGCUAAGUGAAGCCUAAACGCAUCAGAUAUAUAGUAAUCGGCUUUUUUUAUGCACACGUAGAGGCUGUUGUUUGGUACCAUGUUUUGUACUGCGAUAUACAGUAUGUGCUUACUUCCUGUGCAACACCCACAGAGUUCGAUUAUGUCAUGGUGAAUCUUCUAGACUAGCUGUGUAUAUUGCUGAACGGUAGGAACUAUGUUUUUUUUUCGUGUGUGCUUUAUGUGAUAUGAUGUCAAAGUAAGAAAAUGCACUGACAACUGUGCUGCAAUAUGUCAUUGUGGCUCUUCUAAUCUCUGCUGGACCUCCAGACUUUACAUUGAGCCUGACAUCUUUGUAGUUUGAUUUUUUUUGUUCUUAUGAUUAUGAUUAUUAUUAUUACUAUUAUUAUUAUUAUUAUUAUUUCGUGCUUCUGUAGAUAGCUCUGACUGAUGUUCCACUCGUUACUGCCACCUUUUUAUGCAUCAACGUUCAGGUAUCCAUUGGUGUUCAGCCAGUGUUUACAAAGACAAGAGUUUACAACAGAGCAAUGUUUGUUUUUCUCUACCUGAAAUGUGUCGGCUUGGGUAGAAACUGUAUCUGGAAUGACGCACUACAUACAUAUGAACCACUCGCAGUGUAGAUGACUAGUUUUGCCGUCUGACAGUGAAGCGGUAAAGUAACUUCAGUACUAUGAGAAUGAAAUACAAAUAAGAGGUAUAAAAUGAGCAUUUUAUAAGUUAUUUCAGUUGACUGUAUGAUCUUUUUUAGACCUCAUCUAUAUGCAUUUUCAGACCCUGAGAGCACUUUUUAUUUAGUUUAAAGCAACUCUCUUUUUUCAGUGUACCUGCUAAGAGAAGCUAAAUACUAUCAAAAAAACAAAAAAAAACCAAAAAAAGAUUUUUAAAUAGUUAAAGUUUUUAUUGGAUUUUGUGUUAUGGUGAAUUUUUCAUAAGUACUGUAUUUAUUUUCUCAUUUCCACUUUAUUUAAUGUUAAAUCAACCAAAGUUAAAACAGCAACAGCCACAAGCAACGGAAAAGAAAUAUGAAACACAUCUCUUUUUUUUUUUUCUUCUUCUUAAAACAUUCUAUUUGGAUUCAAAAUAUUUCACGAACUAAGAAUUCCUCAGUGCAUUGUUUACAUCAUGAAAUCACCCUGAGAGACGACUGAUCUUUUUACUUACUACACAACAGGGAAAAAUAUCUUUACAUGUUGCAUUUUGCUUUAAACUGAGUGAUUAGUUUUAGCUUCAUGUUUUACAAUUUGUGGAAACGCUUUUUUCUUUUUCUUUUUUUUUUUUGUAAUAUGGAUAAUAAUCUACACACCAAAACAGAGAAACAAGAGCCUGUCGGAGGUAAUAUGAGUAAGAAAUAGCAGAUAUAUUUACUGUAUGAAGCCAGAUGAAUAAGGAACUUAAACAAACAGAAUCAUACAGUCACGUCUGGUCACUCAGUGGCUCUCUCAUAGUUAGGAAUCCUUUGUGUAUAUUGUGAGGACGGCCCAGUGCUGGUUCAGGCCUCAUACAAUGGCAGCUAAAAAUGUUAUAUAAUGUAUUUUGUUUCUAA